AUGUUCAGAAACAAUUACGAUAACGACUCCGUCACCUUCUCCCCCCAAGGCCGCAUCUUCCAGGUCGAGUACGCACAAGAAGCCGUCAAGCAAGGAUCAGUAGUCGUGGGCAUAGUCAGCAAGACACAUGCGGUCCUCGCAGCACUCAAGCGCAACGCAGAAGAACUCUCCUCCUACCAAAAGAAGAUCAUCCCGAUAGACACCCACUACGGUAUCGCCCUCGCCGGCCUCGCCUCCGAUGCUCGCGUCCUUUCAAACUUUAUGAAACAACAAUCCCUCGCCUCUCGCCUGACCUACGACCGCCCUAUCCCACUUUCCGAAAUCACAUCACGAAUCGGUGAUCGUGCGCAGACGAACACACAACACUACGGCAAACGACCUUAUGGCGUCGGACUGCUGAUCGCGGGUGUGGAUCAGAAGGGACCACAUCUUUUCGAGUUCCAGCCAAGUGGUGUGACGCAGGAAAUGGUGGCUUGCGGGAUCGGAGCGAGAAGUCAAAUGGCUAGGACGUAUCUGGAGAGGAAUCUCGAUGAGUUCGAGGGCAGUUCGAGGGAGGAGUUGAUCAAGCACGCGCUUAGGGCGUUGAAGGAUAGUCUGGCACAGGACAAGGAGCUCACGAUUGAGAACACCAGUCUAGGCGUUGCUGGCGUGGAUGAGAAUUUCAAGAUGUACGAGGGGCAGGAGAUUGCGAAUUGGCUUGAGACUACGUUCGAACGGCCUGAGGGUGGUGAGGGUGAGGGGAUGGAGGUGGAUUCGUGA